CUGUAUUCCUUACCUCACCUGUACCAUCACUGGACCCACCGUCAUCGACACUGGUGGCACUAUGAAGACUGUCGAGGAUCGUUGUGCGUAUUCUCUGCUGCACUUUGUUCAUAACAAGUCUGUGGACGUGUUGGCAAAGUUCCAGGAACGUCGUCGGAAAGAUGUGAGCUUUCUGGAGUACGUAACACUGAACAUAACGGACAACGGCAUCCAUUACAUUCGCCUGGAACAAGGCGGGAGAGUUUGGGUGAACGACGCAUUAGUUGACCUUAACAGCACGCCUCAGGAGUUUCACAAUGUGAUGCUCUCUAAAGACGAAUACGGAGUCACUGCAAAGCUCUCGAUUGACAACAAAAAUACCACUGUCUUCUUUGACGGCCUCACCGCUCAGCUCUAUUUUGAAGAAAAUGUGAGCCCUAAGGGACUGGACGGUCUGUGUGGAUCCAGGCCUGUGGAUGAUAAUCGGAUCAAUGAAGCCGGCAACUCAAGCUGUGAAACGGCGUACACAGAGCCUGAUGACGAUACGUUCAACUCCACCGUGGCGGCGAUGAGCUGUCAGCUCCUGGAUCAGGAGGCCUUUGCAGCCUGCAGUGAGCACAUCAGCCCACAACCCUACAAAGACGCCUGCCACCACACUUUGACCAAAUAUCGCGCAGUGGACCGUCUCAGCUGUCAGUUUCUGGAAGCCUUUGCUCAAGUCUGCAACCAUCGUGGCAUCCCCCUUCAGGACUGGAGGACAAAUGCCAGCUGCUCCCCCCCUGAGAUCUUCUGUCAGGACAGGACCUGCAGCGCUCACGAGUUCUGUGGCGAGAAGACGCCCGGCGGCGACACUCGCUGCUUCUGUCGGGCCAUUUUUGCCUCCAAGUACAACGACAGUUUCGGUGAACCGACAAGCUGCAGCCAGGACUCAGGCCAGGUCUCAGUCUCUCUGGUCGGCUGUCUCCUGGAGAACAAAGGCAUCGACUACUCCGCCUUACACCUGAACAACGACACCUGCAGGGGUCAGAUGGACGAAGUCACCCACAUGGUGACCUUCAGCUACAACAGCAGCAACACCUGUGGAGCCUACGUUGUGACCAAUGAUCACCAAACUACCUUCACCAACACUAUCAUGACCCAGGCGGCCGGUGACAUCAUCACUCGCCACGACCAAGUCAACAUCAACUUCUCCUGCAUCCACACUCAGCCGAAAAUGCAGUUUGCGUCCUUCAGGAUCAGAGACAGCUCUGUGUUCCAGAACAUCACCUCCGGAGCCUUUAAUUACAAUCUGACCAUGAAGGCCUACAGCGACCCCGCCCACACACAAGCUCUGUUGGAGAGAAGUGAACACUUUCUCAGCCACAAGACAGCAGUAUGGGGUCUCUCUAGAGUAGGGCAAUCAGGACCCCUCCUGGAGCCAGGCCAGGGAGGGGAGCUCUCCAGUGAGCACUGGUGA